AAUAGACAAUGUACUGGUAAACACAUAGUGGAGUUGGUGGAGAAACCAAAGAGAACCCACCGGGCCUCCGCCAUUAAAAGUCAAAGAAAGCUUCAUUAAAUCAAAGCAAAAAACCAAAGAGAGCAAGGGAGACAGAGAGAUGGGUCUUUCUCCAAAAUUGGCAACAACAAUCAUAUUAUCUUUCCUUGGCUUCUUUCUAUGCUCCAUUAAUGUUUCAAGCCUUCCCAAUACAGCAGUGCAGACAGUUCUCUGCAACUCUGGAGUUUACUCAAAGGGUGACCCAUUUGGCGUAAGUCUAAGCUAUGUUGUUGAAGAAUUAGAGACUGCGACGCCAAGAAGCAAGAAUUAUGACUACUACAACAUCUCUCCUUAUCCAAAUGCUUUUGCCUAUGGCCAUGCUGCAUGCAGCCAAAAUCUCACUUCUUCGGAUUGUACAACUUGUCUAGAUGCAGCUAAAACAACCAUGUUUUCCACUUGUCAAAGCCGGAUUGGGGCUCGUUCUGUGCUCCAUGAUUGUACAAUUAGGUAUGAGCAAUAUCCAUUCACUGAUUAAGCAGCAUCCAUCUGGGAAAUUAACCUUAUCUGCUUAAAUGUCUCGUUCAUAUUGUAUUAAGGCUUUAUUCCUUCAUUAUAGCCUUCUUUUGUCUGAUUUGGGACUCUCGUAGAGAGAGAGAUCUGUCUGUCCAUUAAGUAAAGAUGAAUAAAUUAUUAAUAAUAAGGCUAA